GUCCAUAUUCUUUUUAAGGUCACCCCGGUUAGACCGGAUAAACAUGCCUAGACUAUACAUAGCCACUCUGCCAGUAUUCACGUCGUGGCUAGGCUCAAGAAAAUACCCCACACUAGUGUAUACCUAUGUUAGGGCAACACGGAGUCUUCCGGCACUACCGAGAUAUGGAGACCGGAGAAGGAUGCGCUAAGGAAAAUACAAUAUCCACCGAUGGAAGUGCAGUCCUAUGUAACACAUCUCUACAUUCCCAACCCCAUUUUCAUAGCCUCAACCCUCACAACAUGACCCUACCCAUACAAUCAGAGUAUAUAACCGCUUUUCUUUGUGGCCUACUCGUUUUCAACAUCCUCCUCCUCAUAGCAACCUUCGCCACAAUUCCGGCAAUCCUGGAUAGUCCCCUCCUCGGGCCACUGUAUGCGCUAUGUCUGCAACUUGUUGUGGCUAUCUUUGCAGUUCGGUUGUUUUAUCAAGCCACGAAUCAGAUGUUUGAAUUGAGGAACAAAAAGACCAUCGUUUUGAUAUUGGUAUAUGGUGUUUUUCCUUUGCCGAUUAUGGUGAUUAAGGUCACUGGCGGAUUGCUUUCGAUGGUGUGCGGGUGUCGGUGUUAGAGUGCAGAAGUAUGAUGUGUAUCCUUUCUGACUCUCGAGAGAAUUUGUGUUUCACAAGUGGUAAUGUAUAAAAUGAAGUUGCCAUCAUCACAAAAGCAGCAACUGAUCCAUCGGGGUAUAUAUAUACAGACA